GUUCUACGAGAGGGGUGAGUGCUAACUUCCUACAAUACAACGUAACAUUUCAAGGCAGGGAAUCGGUGGCUUUCCUAACGCUGGGACUCCACUUCUCAUCAGUUCCGAGCCCGCCAAAGCAGGAAUCGUGGAACGGUAGUCCAAAGAAGUUUGCAAGGCCAGAGGCAUCGCGCGUUUCCAACCCUGGAGUUAGAGCGCUGCAAGGAAAAGGCAAGGCAGUCUCCACAAGUAGCCCCACACCACCACUCGACCGUCUCCCGUGGCUCCUCGGGGCUGUGAACUUCUGGCCACGCGGAAUAGGAAGCAAGAUCCAGCGCUUUUUUUUUUGCGCCGCCUCCGCAGUUCCGCCUCCGCCCUUGUUCGGGAAGCUGAGCUGACGGGUGUCGCCGAUAGCUUCCACGGGAUCUGGAGCGGCCGCGGCCUGGCGAUAUCGGGGUGCAAAGAAUGGCGUACGAGCCGAAGGGAUCGCUGCUUACCCCUUCAGGAGGCGCGUGAGCGGAGGAAGCGCAGACGGCAUGUCACCCUUUGGCGAAUGGCUACUGUUCCUCUUCCUCGGGUGGCUGCUGCUCUCCGCGGUUGUCGAAGGUAGUUGUCGGGGGCUGGGAGGAUUUUCUCUCUCCUUACCAGCACCACAGAAUUUGACAAUUAAGUCAUAUAAUUUUCAGCAUGUAUUAAUCUGGUCUCCAGUUAAGGGAAUCAAUGGUCCAGUGAUUUACAGUGUUCAGCGUCGCAUAGGUCCCAAAGACCGACCAUGGGAAAAAGUGAACUGCAGAGAUAUCACAAAGCCUGAAUGUGAUUUUGAUUCUAUCCAGGAUUUUUAUAGAAUCACUUUGCAUGUUAGAGCUGAAGAAGGCAAUUUAAAAUCUGAAUGGACUGAAACACGGAUUCCCUUUGUUGCUAAAAACCAUACCAUUAUAGGACCUCCAAGAGAAAUAAAUGUAACCUCAGAAGCUAAUUCAAUUCUUAUACGUUUCUUGCCUCCCUUUGAGAAAAGAAGUAAUUUCUCUUCAUUUGAAUAUACAAUCUAUUGGGAGAAUUCAUCACAGAAAUCACUAAUAAUGAAUACUGUACACAGAUUUAAGAAUCUAAAGGAAAGAACCACAUAUUGCUUUAGGAUACAAGCAAAGCUGUAUAAACGCGAAGGAGAAAAAAGUGGUAUUUAUUGCGCAAAGACUACAAUCACUGAGGGAACAAGAAUGGUCUAUUGCAUAUGGAUACUUGUAUCUGUGUUUUUAAUACUAGCUUUGGUAUUUUUGCUGUUAAUGAUUAUUCGGAAGCAUCUAAAUAUAAUUAAGUCCUUUUGGCAACCUCCUCUAACAAUACCAUCACACUAUGCAGAGGACCUUAAUGACCCCCAAAUGAUUACAAUUGAAGAAUUUGAGAACUCUGCAGGAGAAGACCCUUGGGACAUUAUUUCAGUUACCUCCAAAGCAGAAGAUGAUAAGAUUCUGACAAGUUUUGCCAGUGAACAUAGUUGAUAGAUAAUAUGAUGAAAAAUAUCUUACAUCACUUGCACCUUAUUCAUUACCAUCAAAUUAUUUUAGUUGUUUGUUUAAGAUCACCAAAUUUCUAAGGAUGUUCCAUUGCGUAGCCCUGUGAAUUAAAAAACUGAUUUUCAUAGCACAUGCUUAUGCAUUUGGAAGAAAGUGCUGGUAUUUCAAUAACUUUAGUCUUAUGUUUAGAAUUUCAGUGUGAAUGUUAGGAGAACAUAAAUCCUAUUGCCUCAUACAUAUAUAUUUUUCUAAUGAUUAGAAUUUUGUCCUAUCCUACAACAUGGAUAAUUUACACCAGCAUUACCUCAUUAAAACUUUUUGCAGUAGACUAAGAUGAGAAAGUUGAUUUGACAUGAAAUUUAGCUAGUGAAAUCAUUUGAAAUUUCAAUGCUGUUAAAUAUCAGAGGUACAUAACAACACUUUUGACCUGGUUUUAAUUUACAGACUUGAUGUUUACAUUAUUAAACUUCUUAAUCUGAAGAAUGUAAAAUUGAAUACUGUAAAUUACAGCUGGUGAAUGGAAUAAUGUGUUUCAAAUAAGUUUGUGCUCUUCUUGAACAGGAUGGGAUCAGAAGAACUUCCCUGCAUGAUGGACUGAAGGUCCUACUAGUUAUGUCUGGUGGAUCAGCUACAGCCUGUUUAUUAAUUGGGAUCUUGCUUCCAACAUUCAUGGGACAGCAACAACUUAAAUUAUUGUAAUUUUCUGGGACUUGGGCUGUGUGACUAUUUCACUUCCUAUCAACUUUAACAGACCAGACUAUGGUCCAGUUGUAUUUUUUGUUUUAGAAAAAACCGAUUGGACUGGCUACUAGCAGCAGUUGAAGGUUUUCAGAGGUGUGUUAUUCCAUGCUCUUCCUGCUGUUAAGCUUAUUUAAAUAGUACUGUAUAUAGAAUUCUAGGCAAUUGCAUAAGCAUUGAGAUCACUCAGAAUUGCAGCAGGGUGAGUUCCUACAUUUCUCUUUUCCAGAAUCACUACAGAUUGUCCCUUCCUUAGAUUUCCUUCCUUCAUCAUGAUUUGAAGUGUUCAACCUUGUAUGGCACCCAUUUAAUUACCAAUUUAAAUAAUCAUUUCAAAGUUUUCAUGAUACUUGCAUGUGAUUUCAGAGGAAAUGUUGAGUUCUUAGACAUUUUUAUACUGUUUUUGCACUGGAUUUGUGAUGUAUAUAUAUUUGUACUGUAUAUAACAUCAUUUUCUAUUAUAGAAGCAAUUUACUUUGUAUAAACCCUAGAAAAUACUGGGAAGAAGGAACUGACUACAGCUAGUUCUCAACUUAUGACCAUUCAAUUCAAUUCAACCUUUAUUGUCAAAGCACAACACAUGUACAAUGAGAUUGACUUGAGCCUAAAAUUUUUAUCGCUAAGUGAAACAUUUGUUAAACAAAUUUGCCCCAUUUUAUGACCUUUUAUGCCACAGUUGUUAAGUGCAUCACUGCAAUUGUUAAUAACACGGUUAAGUGAAUAUGGCUUCUCCAUUAUCUUCGCUUGUCAGAAGGUCACUAAGUAAUCACAUGACCCUGGCACACUGCAACCACCCUGGCAUAUUGACAACUAUACAAGUCAGUUGUUAAGCAUCUGAUUUUUGAUCACAUGACUAUGUGGAUACUGUAAUGGUUGUGUGAAAAACGAUCAUAAGUCACUUUUUUCAGUGCCAUUAUAACUUUGAACAGUCACUAAGUGAACUGUUGUAAGUCAAGGACUACCUAAAUAUGCUAUUUGAUUGCAGUGAGAAUUCAAUUUUAAUUGGGCACCCGGCCUACGAUUAAUGGUACUUUAUGCUGUUUAAGGAUUAAAAUUGCUUAAAAUUCUUGAUAACAUUGUAAAGAAUUUGUCCUUGUUUUCCUCUUGGUAAUGUAUGUAUACAAUGUAUAUGUCUAUUGGAAGAACUAUAAAAUCAAAUGCAGAACCUGUAUUAAAACCGUGGCUGAUUAAUGGGUACUA